AUGAGCAUCUCACCUUGCCUCAACCACGGUGUAAGCAACUCUCGCUCCCUCAGCAAAGUCUUCUCCCGCUCGCUUUCGAUCUCAUCCUCCCACUUCACCGGUUCCUUUAUUUCCUCUGUGCGGCCACCGCGGGGUCGUUUGACGCCCAAAUCCUGGCUCGAAGAGCUCUAUCCUGGUUUCUUCACCGAGACACCUACCUAUCCCGACGUCCUUCGUCUCAAGCCGCUUGUCCCCGAUGCCCCCUCCGCUCGCAGUCUCUCCUCCCUACGGCCUCCGCCUUUACCGUUCGUCCCUGCUCCCCAAUUAAACAAGAAUGGUCGCAUCACUCUGCUCCAGAGGCUCAGAUAUCGCCGGGCGAAGGCAGUUGCACUGAACAAAUUCUACAAACAAGGCAUCGCGCAGAUCUGGGAUAAUCAUAAGGAAUAUGCCAAUCUCUGCAAACGCCUUCCUCCUGAAUGUCCCCCGGAUGUGGUUGCUCUCUACGGCGGGUCCAACCUCAAACUUGACAACAAUCACAUCCAAGUUCCCCAAAUCUCCCGUCGUGAGUUCCAGCUCCUGCUUCACCACGGAUCGGACUAUGCCCGUCUGCCAGGCUUUACCUUAGCUCUCUGGUUGUUUCGUUCCUGGGCCUCCUUCAUCGCUCCAAGGAUCCCUUCCACGUGUGAGCGCCCAGAGGACCGGAUCAGGCAAUUGAAAGCUUUGUGCAAACGCUAUGACUUCUUUGUCCGUAAUCGAAACGAUAAAUUGGACGAUGUGACGGACGAUUCCAAAAUGAGCGUCACUGAGCAGCUCAAAGAGCUGGACACGAUUUCGAGAAGGCGACUCCUGAGGUGGCACUAUGUUGUGGUCGAUGAUCCCUUAUGCAAGCUCAUCCCAUGGGUCCCCUUUGCUUGGACAGAAUCCGCGGCUCGUUUCUUUGGCCGGCGAUUUGGGGACCAUUAUCGCUCGGUCACCGCCGACACGGUACUUAUCAUGCGCGAAGGCGGGUUCAAUACGCUUUCCGCAGAUGAUAUCUACGAUUACUGUGUCAGAUGCGCUUCCCCGACUUUCAUCUCCUACGCGAAACAAGCUUUGCAGGAGGGCCUCAACCCUGCCAAUGAAGCCAUGAGAAAGGCCAUGGUACCCGUCCUUGAGGCACGCGCAAAAAGAAUGUUGGCCAUUGACUGGACGAGACUGCGUCCGGAGGUGCUUAGUCUGAUUGAGCCCCUUAGUCGGUUACAAGACCGCGGGCACCCUGAUUCGAUUCUAGGGAGAAGGUGA